AUGAUGUCUUUUACUCGAUCCACACCCCCAUAAAAGCCUGUUGGGUGUAGAGUCAGGACAAGCAGCUGCUAACAACGAAGUCCACCAUGAUUUCCUUUCCUCCCCCUUGGCUCUGGGUCACAUCUCGACAGCUUAGGUAGUUCUGCGUAUCGUGUUUCUAACUUCGAUAUCUCCAACCAUGUCCCGAGUUUUUCAAAGUCUAGAAAAUUUGAAAGGUCUAAGCUUUAAGGCUGUAGAGUUUUUCUUUCCUCAGCUAAGUUCCAAGUGUUUGACCCAAACAAUUCAAAUUUAUAUAUAGAAAAAGAGAGUAAACGAAGCAAGAAAGCACCAAGGUGUUUCCCAUUUGGCUCACCAAGAUAUGGGGGUUGUUUUACUUUUUGCAUGACGGGGUUCACAAUUUUUCCAUAGCUCCCAAAUGCCUUUGUUUCACAAACCCUCUUGUUCUUCUUCUUUGCAAUCUUCGUCUCCUUCUGUUUCUGCUGAUGGUGAAUUCGUUAACACUCGGAGACAAACACAAUCCUUUACUCAGAGGCGGCUCACGCGGCAGAGGAAGCUCCGGCACCCAAGUGACCGAGACCUUGGCUGGCAGCCGGGUGAAGGGUCGUGUUCAUCGCCGUCGGAGUCGCCCGGUUCGGCCCGGAAGUCGUGGUCGCCGGGUGAAUCCGAGCACUGGUCGUGCUGGGCCAAGCCGCAACGGUUACCGCUUCCUGAAUUUCCUUCGAGUUGUAGACCGGAGUCAACGGUAUUGAAUUCGGGGCAGGCUUAUCUCGGAUCGCCGAAUGAAGGACCGAGCUCUUCAUUUGGGAGGAAAAACACAGAUAAUGUUACCACAACUUCAAUGAGAUCUUCAAUCAAUAAUCAGAGGAGACUCUCCCAGGAUGUACAUGUCGAACGCACUAAUUACGACUUGAGGCUAAAUAUUCCUGCCAGGAGCUCUCUGCCUAAGGAAUUCUCAAGUUCUGCAGUUAGCCUACAAAGAGCAAGCACUGAUUUUUUUUUUUCUUGUUCUCCCAAAAGUUCAGCCAAGUCUUCAAACAAUUAUUGUAGGGGAUUGCUUCAAGAAUUAAAUGAUGACGGUUUUAAUUGCAACUUCAGGCAGAAAGUUCCUGCCAGGAGCGCUCCCAAUAGUGUUUAUUCAAGUCCUGCUAGAAGCCCACAAAGAUUGAAUUCUGGGGAUCUCUUUCCUUCAUCUGUGGUUUUUCAAGAAUUUCAGGAUAGUCUUGUUGCAGGUUCUUCAAAAGAGUCACCAGCUAAAUCCAUGCAUAGUCCUGAUCAGUCCCCUUUGCGUGGCCCAACAGUCCAAAGUCCCCAGCUCACACCGAAAAGUCCAAACAGAUCUCUAUUUCAUUCGUCUCAUAAAUUGAUGUUAGACAGUCACAUGGAGCUGCCCGAGAUGAGUGCCCACCCUUUGCCCCUCCCUCCAAGAGCAAUAUUACCAUCACAACCAUCUUUGCAACCACAAUCAACUACCAUGAAUCACUUCACGGAACAACCGUGCACAUCAUCUUUUAAAGGUCAAUGGCAAAAAGGAAAACUCAUUGGACGUGGUACAUUUGGAAGCGUAUUCCUUGCAACCAAUCGAGAAUCUGGAGCUUCAUGUGCAAUGAAGGAAGUUGAUCUCAUUCCUGAUGAUCCUAAAUCUGCUGAAUGUGUAAAGCAGUUGGAGCAGGAAAUAAAAGUUCUCCGCCAUCUAAAGCACCGAAACAUAGUGCAGUAUUAUGGCAGCGAGAUAAUUGAUGAUCACUUUUACAUAUAUUUGGAGUAUGUUCAUCCUGGAUCAAUUAGUAAAUAUGUACAUGAACAUUGUGGAGCCAUUACUGAAUCUGUAGUUCGCAAUUUCACUCGCCAUAUCGUUUCUGGGUUGGCUUACUUGCAUAGCAAAAAGACUAUCCACAGGGAUAUCAAAGGUGCAAAUUUGCUUGUCGAUGCAUCUGGUGUUGUUAAGCUUGCAGAUUUUGGGCUGGCUAAACAUGAACUGCAGCGCUUUGAGGACAAAGAAGCGAUUUUGGCCCUCACUGUUGAGGAAAAGGAAAGGAAAACGGCGGUAAUAGCCGAACUGGAAAAAAUCACACUUUUGGAGGAGAUAUCCUGGAGACAAAAAUCACGAGCCAUUUGGUUGAAAGAAGGGGACAGGUGUACUAAAUUCUUCCACCGUGUCGCCAACUCUCAUAGACGAACCAACGCCAUUGAGGUUCUGCACUCCGAUGGGAGGAUUAUCACCAACAGGGCAACCAUCAAGGAACACAUUGUGCACUUCUACGAUUAGCUGCUUAAAGAGCAACAUUCCUGGCGGCCUAAGGUAGAUGGGUUGAUUUUUGACUCUAUUGAUGCAACAAGUGCAGCGUGGUUAGAAAGGCAAUUUGAAGAGGAGGAAGUGCUUAAAGUUCUAAAAGGGAUGGAGAAAGACAAGGCCUCAGGCCCUGACGGUUUCACUAUGGCUUUCUUUCAAGCUAGCUGGGAUAUCGUCAAAGAGGACACUAUGAAGGUAUUUUUCGAAUUUCACUCUUUCUUGAAAUUCGAAAAAAGUCUCAACGCCUCUUUUAUCUCCCUUAUUCCGAAAAGGGCAAGCUUGGUGGAGGUACAAGAUUUUUGCCCUAUUAGCUUGGUGAGUGGGAUUUACAAAAUUAUUUCCAAGUUGUUAGCCCAACGGAUGAGCACCGUUAUGGGAAAGAUCAUAUCGAAGUCCCAGAAUGCCUUUGUGAAAGGGAGGCAAAUUCUUCACUCCGUUCUUAUUGCCAACGAAUGUCUGGAAAGUCGGGUCAAAACUAGCAUUCCGGGUAUCUUGUGCAAGCUGGAUAUGGAGAAAGCUUUUGAUCAUGUAAACUGAGACUUUUUGAUACACAUCAUUGGCAGGUACGAGUUCAGGGAAAGGUGGUGCUAAUGGAUGAAACAUUUUAUAACAACUGUUAGAUUUUCUGUUUUGGUGAAUGGCACUCCCGAAGGCUUCUUGAAUAGCUCUAGGGGCCUGCGGCAAGGAGAUCCUUUAUCACCUCUUCUUUUCAUCCUAGUAAUGGAUGUCUUAAGCAGAAUGUUGCACAGAAUGGUGGAGGGCGGUCACAUCUUGGGUUUCUCAGUGGGCGGCUCCACCCAUGGUAAUCUCUCAGUUUCCCAUCUUCUCUUUGCAGAUGACACGCUGAUCUUUUGCGAGCCAGACCCUGAUCAGAUCCGCUCCCUAAGGGCCCUAUUGCUCUGUUUCGAAGCCGUCUCCGGACUCAAGGUUAAUCUUGCAAAAUCUGAGAUGGUUCAGGUCGGGGUGGUCGAUAAUCUAAGUGAAUUGGCUGGUUUUCUGGGCUGCAAUGUGUCAACCUUGCCUAUGAAAUAUCUGGGUCUCCCUUUGGGGGCCUCUCACAAAUCCAAGUCUAUGUGGGAUGGGGUGGUCGAGAAAAUUGAACGUAAACUUGCGGGUUGGAAGCGACUUUACCUAUCCAAAGGUGGCAGAGUCACUCUUAUUAAGAGCACUCUAUUUAAUCUCCCCACAUACUUCCUCUCCCUUUUCCCCUUGCCUGCAGGUGUGGCGCAUAGACUGGAGAAGAUCUUUCGUGAUUUCCUAUGGGGUAGUUUGGAGGAUGUGAAAAAAUUCCACUUGAUCAAGUGGGAAAAAGUAUGCACACCAAUGGCAAAUGGCGGAUUGCGGCUCCGCAGCUUGAGAAUCCUCAACAAGGCACUACUUGGUAAAUGGCUAUGGAGAUACCAUAGGGAAUGAGACGCCCUUUGGAGAGAAAUUAUUGACAGCAAAUAUGGGAGCUUGAGUGGAGGUUGGUGUUCCAAUGCAGUAAGAGGGGCUUAUGGCAUAGAUGUGUGGAAAUUCAUACGCAAUGGUUGGGAAGUCUUUUUUGCUAAUUGCAGAUUGGUGGUGGGAAGGGGCAAUCAAGUUAGCUUCUGGCACGACACUUGGUGUGGCGAGAUUGCUUUGAAGAUUGCUUUUCCUUCCCUUUACAGGAUUGCAUCUGAUAAGGAGGCCACAGUUGCUGAUAAUUCCGACAGCUCCUCUACCUUCACGCAUUGGUUAGUAAGAUUCACCCGAGUGGCACAAGAUUGAAAAUUGGGAGACAUUGCUGAUUUUUACAGCACGUUACAAGCGUCGAAUCUACAUGUUGAUGGAGAAGAUCAUCUCAUCUGGUCACCCACAGGAAACAAGCGUUUCUCAGUACGUUCCUUUUACAAGGUACUCUCGGCACACCCCUCCACUGCAUUCCCUUGGAAGAGCAUUUGGAGGACUAAGGCGCCUUUAAAAGUGGCCUUCUUCGUAUGGCUAGCAUCCCAUGAGAGUAUAUUGACUAUCGAUAAACUGAGAAGACGUGGCCUCUACCUAACGGAUUGGUGCUUUAUGUGCAAACACAAUAGUGAGACAGCGGAUCAUCUACUUCUUCAUUGUGAAGCUGUCAAGGCAUUGUGGGAUGACAUCUUUACAAGACUAGGCUUGGCAUGGGUAAUGCCUAGAAAGGUGGUUGAUCUUUUGGCUUGUUGGAGAGGAAUCCGGGGCAAGGGGCAGAUUGCGGAUAUUUGGAAAAUGGUGCCACUUUGCCUAAUGUGGUGCACAUGGACCGAGAGGAACAAUCGAUGUUUCGAGGAUAAGGAGUGAUCUUCGGAAGGCUUUAGGGAUUUCUUUUACCAUACUUUAGUCUUAUGGGCAUCCUCUAUUGUAUUGAAUGACACUUCUUUUGCUGAA